GCAGCUAAAAUGAGGACCCUGGUUGCAGCUCAUGUGUUGGUUCAUUCCAGUUGUUGUCAGAGCACAGGAAGAAGCUGUUGCUUUCGUGUAUGAAAGAAACCACUCUGCAAAAAUGGCUGCUAAAAUCCAAAGUUUGACUGAAGAGGAAAGAGCUCACCUUCUCCCACUGCUGCAGAGCGCCCAAUGGGUGGAGGUGGUGGGACGGGAUGCCAUCUACAAAGAGUUUCUUUUUAAAGAUUUUAACCAGGCCUUUGGCUUCAUGUCCAGAGUGGCACUUCAAGCAGAGAAGAUGGACCAUCAUCCAGAGUGGUUCAAUGUUUACAAUAAGGUGCAGAUCACACUGAGCACACACGACUGUGGAGGGCUCUCCCAGCGCGACAUCACUUUGGCCACCUUCAUUGACCAAGCCUCUCUGAUGUAACCACAGGCUGGAGAACAUACGACAUACGUUUAGUUUACUGUUAUCUCAACACUGUGUGCCUAAAGUACCCAGAGUAACCUUCUGUGGUACUUCCAAGUGUGUUGAAUAAUGCUGUGGUGUGUAAAGUGUCAAAUGUGCUUUUACAGGGGUCUGUUGGUGGUUUUGCCCACAGUGAAGUAGCUUAUAGAAAUUGUCAUUGUCAAAUGUUCAUCUUUCAGGAAUUAGUUUCAUAUCUAUAUACAUGUGUGUGUGUGUGUGUGUGUGUAUAUAUAUAUGUAUAUAUAUAUGUGUGUAUAUAUAUAUGUAUAUAUAUGUAUAUAUAUAUAUAUACACACACACACAAUUCCAGUGAUUUUCAAUGAAAUCUGGCACACUGUGACAAAGGUCCAAAUUCCAAGAUUUUAGCUCACAAUAAUAGACGAUCCAGAUAAUAGGUAUUAGAGGAAAAGAGACAAUUUACCACCAAUAUUCCCUUACAAUUAAUUAAUUAGUACUGUAUUGGUGAGGAAAACACCUAGAUAUAGUAUAUUUUGGCUACAAACACCAGUAUUGUUUACAACAAUCGUGUGUCUUAUUUACACUAAAAGUGUCUGAUGCUUCUUU